AUAUAAUUCCCGUUUGCAACUGCCGACGGCAACAACGAGGAUGCUGCCUAUCAAAUCAGAGCCUAUUGAAAAUCCGCCGGAGAUUGGCAUCAAUUGCCUGCCGGAUAUCAAAUCAGAGAUCCCCGAUUACCCACCGGAUGUUAAAUUAGAGAGCAUCGAAUACACGCACGAAAUCCCUCCGACCAAGCGUCUCAAAACCCUAAGCUCAGCUUCGCCAUCACCAUCACCAUCUUCAAAGGGCAAAUCCAAAGCUGUAAAAGAAGAAGACGAUGAUUCGUUGUGGGAUCAGCAAUUGGAUACUUGCGGUGUAUGUUUGUUGGAGGAGGGGAUGUCGCGUCGAGGUUUUAUCGACAGUUGCGACCAUUAUUUUUGCUUUGUAUGCAUCAUGGAGUGGGCUAAAGUCGAGUCUCGUUGCCCAAUUUGUAAACGUAGGUUCUCUACUAUUCGUCGCCCUCAAGAUGGAGUCUUUCUAUCUGAAAGAAUCGUCAAUGUUCCUGUUCGUGAUCAGGUUUACUAUCACAAUGGCAAUGCAACAUUAACACCCUCUGAUCCAUAUUCACAAGUCAAAUGCAGCAUUUGCAGCCUUUCAUCAGAUGAUCAUCUUCUUCUCCUCUGUGAUCUUUGUGAUUCAGCUUCUCAUUCAUACUGUGUAGGCCUUGGUGUCACUGUUCCAGAAGGUGAUUGGUUUUGUCAAGAUUGCAACUUUUCCAAAAAUGAACAUUCAAAAGUUGAAACGGACCCCACUUUUGAAAAUGACACAACUUACCCUUCAACCUCUUCUUCUAAUCCACUUCAUUUCACUCAAUCCAAAGUCUCAAUCAAUGACAUUGUAAGAGAAUCCAAUUCAUCAUCAUCUUCAAUGGCUAUGGCUGACUCUUUUGGUCAACAUAAAUCGGCCCCACAUGUUGACCGAAUUUCAAAUUCUUCAAAUGUUUCAAAUGCUAGAACUUUGAAGCGAUGUGUUAAUGUUCAUGCGCGUAUAAAAGUGUUGCGUGAAAAUUGGGAUGGAUUUAGAGGAGGGGCUUUGAAUUUUUCUUCAAGUUUUUCGAAUGGGAAUAAAGAAAGUCAACAGGAGUCAACUUCUAAUGUUGAUGCUGAUAAAGCUUGGAAGAUGAUGGAUAUGGCUGCUAAAGCUUUAGGAAAGAAAAACCAUGUUGGGAAAAAGGACUCAAAAGUUCAUUUAAAGAAAGAAAGAUUGUUAAAUGAUGCAUGUAAAGUGAAGCUAAAUAUCAACUAUUUAGGGAGCUUUAAGAAGCAUGAUGAUAAUGGUGGUGCUUCUAGAAACCAAGACAAUGUUGAACGUGUGGUUCCAUGUUCUAGAAAGAUUGUUGCAAAGAAUUGGGGGUAUAAUGGUCAAAAUGUGACACGAAAAGAUUGUGGUGGGGUUACUUCAAAGUCAAAUGUUGUUGGUUGUAGUGAUCGGUUGUUGAUAGGUGAAGGUAAAUUGUGUGGAAAAAAGGAGAUUUUUGAUAGUGGUUUUAAGGAGAAGGGGAGUGUAAAGAAAGAGACACAAAUUGAUAACAAUAUCAAGAAAGUUGAGGAUGCCAAGAGUGAGAUUCAAUCACUUGUUAAGCUCAAUUUAAAGCUUCUAAGCCGGAACAAGAAAUUAGAUGUUGAUGUGUUUAAAGAAGUUGCAAGGCAUGCGACACAUUCAAUCAUGGCGACAUGUGGCAUCGAGCAACCAAAAUCACGAUUCCGUUCGUUUGAAAAAUUGGUGUGCGAUCAUCAUGAAACACGCAAGAGGCCAACAUCUACUCUAAUGCCAACUUCUUGUAGAGAAUGCUUUUUCAUUUUUGUAAAAGAUGUGGUCAACACCAUUGCAUUUGAUACAAUUACCUCCUUUAAAAUUUGAUAAGCUUAGUUUAGAUCCAAUAGGUCAAUAAUCGCCUAACAGGUUGUAGUGUAUCUAAUGUAUAUACCAUAUUUGGGAGACUGUGGGCUAGCUCAGAGGUUGUUAGAAAAAAUAUAUUUUUUUUCUUUAUAUGAAAAUAAUGUUUUGUUAAUUCCAA